AAUUCCCCGAGUAACCAACCAAAGCGAUCAGAUACAACUUUUCCCGCGAGCGAGAGAGAAAGUCUUCGAGAGAGAGAGAGAGAGAAGAAAAAAGUUACGCAGAGACUGAAAGAAAAGAGUGAUCGAAGAUGGCGAUGGAAGUAGCUACACCGGCACCGGCACCGAUCCCAGCACCGGAGAGAAACAUCGUUCUCGCGCCGGCAACGACGGCCAUUGCUGAGACUCACAAGAAGAACAGGAUCCAAGUCUCCAACACGAAGAAGCCAUUGUUCUUCUACGUCAAUCUCGCCAAGAGGUACAUUCAGCAACACAACGAGGUCGAACUCUCUGCACUUGGAAUGGCAAUCACAACUGUGGUAACAAUCUCUGAGAUCUUGAAGAACAAUGGUUUGGCUACAGAGAAGAAAGUGUUGACAUCUACUGUGGGAAUGAAAGACGAGACCAAAGGAAGGAUGGUUCAGAAGGCUAAGAUUGAGAUUGUGUUGGGCAAGUCAGACAAGUUCGACUCUUUGGUGCCACCUGUGACCAACGGCAAAACUCCGGAGGAGGAAGCUAAUGCAGACACGGAGGCGGCUGUUGAAGCACAAGAAGAAGCUGCAGCCACCGAGGCCUAGGAUUUGAGCCGGUUGUAAAACACCACAGAAGGAAGAUCCAUCUCUCUUUUACUAUGUUUUGUUGUUUUUGUUUCAUUUGUGACAUAUCGAACAUAAUACUCUAGAUAUUGUUUGUUUAGUAAUAUACCUCUCUAGUAUUCUCCAUUCCGCUUCCUCAUUUUAGGCUUUUGAAUGACAAUGAUACGACAGUUUCUCUCAAAUUUCUCAGGGAUUUG